UUAUUUUGAAUGAUAGAUCUUUUACCAUGACACAGCCUCAUCAUCAUGUCUUUAACGUCUUGCAAGGAGAGAUCAACCGCCACGUUAGUCUACCACCAUUACUGGAAUCUCUAGAAAGGGAAGGAAUUGCCCCAGAGCAUCUGUUGGAUAAGUUUAAACGGAGGGAUGGCAUGAAGUACAUGACUGGAUAUCUGAGGAGCAGGGACUAUGACACCUUUGUAAAGUUUAUGCAGUGUAUAUGUGAGACCAGUGAUAAAACCAUGUCCAUUGUUGAGUCCGUGAGAGAUAUAGUGAAGGGUUUUGAUGAAAAGAAUGGGACAGAUCAUGCGAAGAGAAUAAUAGAAAUAUUGGAAAGGCAGAAGAAAGAUGCCCCAUUGAUUGAAAGUACGUCAUUGAUUGAAGGUGUUUCAGGAUUAUCAUUAGAAGAUCCAAGGCAGAUGGAAAUAGGUGAUGCUGUUGGUAACUUGCCUCAGUUGCCUUAUCUGGAAGAACCAGAAGCUUUUACUUUCAGUCAAUCAAACUCUUUCAGUUACAGAACUUAUGAGAAGAAAUAUGGUCUUAUCAUUGAAUGUGAAAAACCAGAAGAAUGUACUGUUAAUAUCGGUAUAUGCAGUCAUGGUCCUUUUGUAAUGUCUGAUAAUUAUAGGCUUGCUACAUGCUUUUUAUGCAUCACCUCUUGCUCUCCACUAAAUGUUCCACUGAAGAUUACAAUGGAACAUUGCUUGGUAAUGUCGGAAUACAAGAAGUGUUCUUCAGUGUUGAUUCUUCAUGCUGAUCAUAGGGUCAUGUCCAAAUCAGAUUGCUUUACAUUUAGUGACGUCUUUGAUUUUGGUGGUGGAAAAAAGGGGAAAAUAUUUCCAGACAUCUCAUCUACUCAUCCUUCAUUAUCAUUUAGUCUGCAAAACUUUUGCAUAUUGUGUGCUGCUGCUGAAGUCCACGAGGACACUUUAACAAGCAGCUCACAUGAUCGUUCAACUGAUACCAUUGAACAGGUAUCUACCCAAAGAGAUGCAACCACCAGUCGUGAUCUGAAUGUAGCUAGACAAGCAUCUUCAACAGAAUCUAAUGGUCAAGUCUCAAAAGAGAGCGAUUUACAUUGUAGUGAGGUUGAACGAUCAAGUAGUCUUAGCUCCCAUAAUGAUCCCAUCAUAGCAAAACAACCAUCAUUAGACUCUUCAGUUGAGGUUUAUGAAGAAGUCGCUACUGCAGUUACCAGUAGUCCUAGAAGACAAGCAAGAAAGAGAAAGUGUAGCUCUCAAAUUAAUGAACACACUAAGCGUAGCAAUACUGUGGACAUUGAGUAUGAAAUCUUACUUUUUGAACCAACUCCAACAGCAGCAAAGUAUUCUGUAUAUACUUUUGUGUGUCAUAAUUGUCGGACAAGUAUUGAGGAAUGUCUUAGGCAAGUGCGUGGUUUUUACAAAGAUAGUGCAAUUACACCAUCAUCUUGUGUAGAGGGUACUUUUCCCACUAAAGAACUAAAUUUUAUAGUUUCUAACAUUGUUAACGGGAGUGUCUUACCAAAGAAAGAACCCACAGUGAUAUUGAAGGAUGAAUUAGUUAAUGCUAAACAACCCAAGUUCCGUGCUGAGCUCAGUAUGUUUCCACCAAGAAUUGAAUAUCAAUGUGGGCUAGAUCACUGUAUGACAUUAAAUCCACUUCAAUUUAAGAUUACUACACAUGAUUUCUCUAAAGAGGUUAUCUUUAAUGUCACUGUGCCACCAAAAGUAUCUCCAGCACCAUUUAAUCCUAGAGUGUUUCAACUUUAUAAUCAGUUUACUUGUCUUCCUGAAGAUAGUAAAAGUAAAGAAAUACUUUUAAACAGUGAGGAAGAGCAACAAUUAUUUUGUAAAAUUUAUCAAGAUAUUAAAAAUUGGAGAAGAUUUGGUCGCUGCUUAGGAUUAAAAGAAUCUGAUCUUGAUGAGAUCGAUCAUAACAAUCAGAACCGUGGUCACAAUGAAAUUAAUUAUGAUGUGCAAGUGCUAUGGUCUCGUAUGACAAGAAAGAAAACACCAAAUGACAUUGCUAUAGCUUUAUAUAAUGCUGGUGAGGAUGAUGCUCUUGAGGCUCUAAUCAAAUUUUUACAAUACUGAAACAAUCUCUUAUAAUACCAUAAUUAAUGAAUUAUUCUUAAAUUUAUUGUAUUCAAAAUG